AUGGGCGCUCCAUCCGCAGCACCGCGCUGUCUACGUGACAGCAUUUGUGAGUCUGCGGGGACAGAGCAGCGAACAAGGGGAUGGAUUUCGCGGCUCGGAGCGCCAGGGCAGCGCUGUGCAGCGCGGGGAAGGCGGGAGGGACCUUCCGCGGCUCCCGCCCGCUGCGCGGAGCGCCGCCCCGCGCAGGGCGCGCUCCUGGACCGCAACCGCGAGGCCGGGCGCGACAGCAAGGCCGCCCUGGACGCGCUCUUCGAGGCGCAGCGCACCCUCUUCAUCCAGUGCGACGUGACCGAGCCCGAGCAGCUGAAAGGUGCUUUUGAAAAAGUAAUUGAACAUUUCGGAAGGCUGGAUAUAGUGGUUAAUAAUGCUGGAGUGAAUAAUGAAAAGGACUGGGAAAGCACUAUACAAAUUAACUUGACAUCGGUGAUUAGAGGAACCUACCUUGGCCUAGAAUAUAUGAGAAAAGGAAAUGGAGGUGAUGGAGGAGUAAUCAUUAAUAUCUCAUCCCUGGCAGGACUCAUGCCUGCUGCAUUCCAGCCAGUGUACUGUGCUACAAAACAUGGUGUAAUUGGAUUCACACGAUCAAUAGCAUUAGCUGCUAGUAUGGAAAACUAUGGUGUUAGACUCAACACUAUUUGUCCAGGAUUUGUCAACACACCAAUUCUUCAGUCAAUAGAUAAAGAAGAGAAUAUGGGACAAUAUUAUUCAUACAAGGAUGAGAUCAAAAACAUGAUGCAGUUCUAUGGUGUGAUGGAUCCAUCAAUAAUAGCUGAAGGACUGAUAACAAUAAUUGAAGAUGAUACUCUAAAUGGAGAAGUUAUGAAGAUUACAGCAUCACAAGGGAUUCAUUUUCAACAAUACAACCAAUUGCCUUUUUCACCAUCAAAGAGAUAAAAGUACUUGUUCUAUGCCUUUUUGUUUACUUUUAUUAAAUAUAUAUUUUUUGAAA